AUGUACUUGAGACUUCAACGCCUUCUCACUUCGUCGACGGAAGGGCGCAUAUUUGCCCGUGGCCGCAGCGGCUUCCUCUCGUAUCCGAUGAAUGGUCGAGGGCUACACCUAUCCGGGCCCAGACUGAGCAUCGGCUCCGGCUCCGGCUCCUUCUUUGCUGAAACGGGCUUUGAAGAGGAACAACUGCAGCAGCAAUGGGCCUCUGAUACCGUUAACACAGCCUCUGAAAUAUCUGGUGAUGGAGUGACGCGUCAUACACCGACAGGUGGAGGUGAAAAGGGGGCCCUCAAUGCGCAGGAGGUGUGUGGAUUGACCGCAGCUUCUAUUCUGCGCGAAGCCGUACCGUUGACAAGUUCUGAGGACAUAAAAGACCUCCUUAAGGGCUGUAAGAACGCAAAGGAGUUACGGCACGUUCUGGACACCGUUUUGUACCGCAACCCCCUUUGUCAUGAUGUGCUGAACGGUCACGGCUAUCGGGUGGCGGUUUUGCAGGCGUUGACUGCCGUGGCGCCCCGCACGCAAUGUCUACAUGAGUGGUUUGACUGCGUUGAUAAUUUCCGCCGACUGGGGUUUGUUUUGACACGCACCUUUGCUGCAGAGGGCUUCACGGUGAUCCGCGAAUGGCUGUCCCACCACUUCAACUACGAAGGCCGCUCGCCACUACUUGUAACGGAAGGAAUUUCCCACAUUCGAGAACUUGUGCAAUUUUGUAAGGAAGACCGUCUUGUCUUUGAUCAUGUUCUAUACACCCGCAUUGUCUUUCUUCUCACGAUGAUUGUGGGGUUCUUUGACCGGCAAAAUAUCUAUCGCUCGGCCUUCCCGGAAAAUUUCACCAAACGUGACGGCGUCGUGGUGGAGUGGGUAAUCAGCUGCGAACGAUGUGUUGACUUUGAUGAGUGUGUCCUCCAAUGCGAUGCGGUGUUGGAGGAGGUGUUGGAGAUGCUUCGUCAGGAUAUUCCCUCGCGCCCCAACUUCAGUAUCAUGUAUCGGUUGAUCGAUUACUACUUUGCGACGGAUAAUGUGGAGAAGAUGAUUGCUGUGAUGGAGGACACGGAGAGCUACGGGAUCGACAUCGCGGAGAGCAGCACCGCAAAGCUGAUGCAGCUUGCCUGUGCACUGAACUAUCCAAAUGUUCCGGAACUUUUCAUGCGAUGGAGGGUAUCUUUGCCGCAGUGUGUCCUGGCAACCCCCGACAUGAGUCGGCUGAUGUUUUACUACUCCCGUUCCGGGGGUGGGCGGCCCUGUCCGUUGUGUAACGAGCCGUACAACCACCGCAACGUUAGUGUCUAUGUGUGGCAAAAAACACCGGAGCAUCAGCGCAACUGCCAGGCAUUGAUGGACGCACGACGGCGCAAAGGCGAGCUGGAUGAGAACACCACUCUCCCGCAGAAUCAGGACUGGAGCGAGAUGGCAUUUGGCCUGUGGCAGUUGUCGCAGAGUCGAGCCAUAGAAUGGGGAGCAGUGGAGUGGCGCGGUUUCCUCCUUUGCUGCAUGUUUUCUCCCCGUGCCCUCGAGGCAAAGGGGCUUCUUGAUAAAUUUUUUGACCAUACCAAGAUGGACGAUUUCCUGCGCGCUACGUACGUUCGUCUUUUACGCCACCAUGCGCCCGAACUAGUUUUCUCUGCGCUCUCAGAUUGGCGCGAGAAGGGGCAGCGCCUCUCUCCAAUUGUACUGCAAGAGUCCCUCAUGGGGUCCGUGAUGAUAAAUGAAGCGAAUGAGCGCCAACGGGCCGUCAAGCACAUCUGGAAGGCUCUGCUGGAGAAAGACAGUUAUGUCAUGCCAUUUACGAAGCGCUUGCUGCAACGGCGGCUGGAAGAGUUGCGGGCACGAACGACGGGCGGCAUCACAAGCGAGGAGACGGCGUUGUUUUUGGAAAUAAUUGGUAUGCAGCCGCGGCACCUCUCGCUACUCGACAUGAAGGACAGCACCUCCGAUUUUGUGGUGGGGAUUUCGAAGAAAAACCACUACGUCCCCCACACGAGCAGCGCGGGAGCUAGAAUUGAAUCUGGGCGACAAAGAAGGCGUGCAUGA